AUGACGCCCAGUUCCCCCGAUGAAGCGCUUCACUUCCGCGGCAAGACACUGACUCCGGAAAGCCCUCGACCACUGCAUAUCCCGGAGCCAGCCAAUAUUCCCGUCCUGGAGAACCAAAUGGACCCCGUCUUCAAUGAUACCUCGACAUAUGAACGUGCGGUAGAGCUUCGAACCCCUCAAGCAAAAGAUGGAUGGAACGGAGAAGGGCAAGAGCGUGGCCUAGGACAUGCUCAGGAUUCAGGUAGCUUGCAUGGCGCUCAGCCAGGGAACCCUGUGAUGAAUGAUAUGGCUGUUUCGGCGGACUUUUACCAUUCCUACCCAUCCACAGGACAAGCUGGGGACUUUAACGCGAAUCCAAACACCCAUAUCCAGACCCACGCACCUCCGGCUGUGCCGGUCCAUCAAGGCUUUGCCACUACGAGUGAAAUAGACAAUGCCGGCAAUACAGGAAAUGCAUCCCGGUCACCAGAGCACUUAGAUGAUGGGAAGGAACAUGCAAGGCCAAGCGUAUCUGGGGUCAAUUUCCAGACUCUGUUGGACAACCUCUCUCAUCUCCCCCCUUCAGAAUUGGCCUCCGGGGCAGCUCCCAUAGCAGAAGGCUCGUCUCUCCACCAAGCACCCAAGGAUGACCCUCAUCACCCCCAAGGCAUCUCUAUGCAGCCCCCUCAAGACCCAUCUACCCAAACAAACUACGCCCCAAAUGAUAAUGGCACAUACCAUCAACGUCCUUCUGCCCUUGCCACGCCCCUCGCCCACCCUACGCAACCCAGUAACAAUGCCCAAUCAUAUUCCCAGUCGAUGGCACCGGGCGGAGCACCUGGCACCGUUCCGGGCACUGGCUCCCUACCUCCCCCACCCACUGCCAGUUUCCAAACCCCUUCCUCGGGGGAGGCACAGACAUCCCAAGAAGCUCCUCAGGUGUCAAAGAAAGGUCGUGUCGACAAGCAGACAGGUCGGCUAGUCAAGCCAAUGGAUGAUGAUGCGCCAUGGGGACCAGAAGUCCAGAAGAAAUACGAUGAGUUCCUUCAUGAUGAACGAGUUUAUGUGACGGAAGGUCUCUGGGAUCGAUUCCCGAUGGGAUCCCGGCUAUUUGUUGGUAACCUUCCCACUGAAAGAGUCACCAAACGAGACAUGUUCCACAUCUUUCAUAAGUACGGAAAACUUGCCCAGAUUUCCAUCAAGCAGGCCUACGGUUUCAUUCAAUUCCUGGAAGCGGGUUCUUGCCAUGCAGCAUUAGGGGUGGAACAGGGGGCUCUGGUACGAGGCAGAAAGAUUCAUCUUGAAAUCUCCAAGCCUCAGCGGAAUUCCCGCCCCGCGCCCGCAGAGCCAUCCAGAGCGCUCCCUCCUCGACGUUCGAGAUCACCAGAAUUCAGCCGGGCUGGCCCCGCCCGAGCCAACCAACGUGCGCCCAGUGAUCGAUAUGACCGGCCUUAUGAACCCCGAAUUCCAUUUAGCGAUUUUCGAGACGAGCCCUUGAAUCGCCGUCGCGAUGGGUAUCGGCCUCCGCGGUCGCCUUCACCUCGGCCUCGACCUAGAGAUGGGUAUCGAUCGCGGGAUAGAACGCCAGAGCGAUUUGAUCGCCGUGAGCGCCGUCGUUCCCGUUCCCCUAGAUCUCGGUCUCCUCGUUCCCCCUAUUCCAGAGAUCGGCGAUAUCGCAGCCCGAGCCCGAGACCUCGAGGCAACUAUGAAGGGGAAGCUGAUCUUCCCGUACCUCGAAGGGCUCCCCGUGACGUGCCCGAGGUCCAAGUUCUGGUCUUGGAGGAAAUUGACAGAAAUUUCGUGCUUCAUGUGGAAAACGCUUUUCGCAACCGGGGCUUGCGGGUAGAUGUCCUUGUGCUUGGUCCUCGAAUUCCCCUUGGUGCGGCUGUCCAUCGUCAAUUCGUUGAAGGUGUCCUUGCAGUCGUCAGGCUUUCUCGUCCCAACCAAUUCUCUCGCAAGAUUCCUCUCCAGAUUUUCGACCGAAGCCCCGGGCUAAACAACGUCCGCUUCAGUGACUAUCCUGAAGUUGACCCCAACAUCGCAGCUGAAGUCAUGUUCCAUCAGGCCCAAGCGAUGCAACGCGGUCCUCCACCUGGUUCCUUCCCCCCAAAUCCAGCUUUCGGGGUUCCUCCUGUGGCUGUACCGGCUGUGCCGGUGCCUCAGCCUACUCUGCCCGCGUUGACUAAUCCCCCCAACAUCGCGAACUUGAUUAGUUCGCUGGAUGGCCCUAGCCUCCAAUCUCUCUUGUCCGCCCUUCAACGCCCGGCUCCUCCGUCCCAGCCUGUCUCAGCUACUCAGUCGCCAUUUUCUUCCCCCAACCCUCCACCUCCUGCUGAUUUGGCUACUCUUUUGACCAACGCGACUCGACAACCUCCGAUCCUACAGCACCCACAACAGCCUCUUCCUCCCCCUUUCCAUCUCCAGCCCCCCAAUGGGCCUGUUGUCUCUGAUCCCCAUUUACUCUCAAUCCUAGCUAAGGGACUUGGAGGGCAACAGCCACAGGGCCAGCCGGCCGUCGGUUCUAAUGUGCAAAACCUGAUGAACCAGUUGGCCAAGUGGAAACAAUGA